AUCUCCUCCUCAUCUCUCCUCCUCAUCUGCUGUUCUACUGUGCCUCCAUACAGGCAGAAUGAUGAACUCUGCUUUUCUCAUUCUCAUUCUCAUUCUGACACCUGGAGCUGGCGUUGGAGAGGUGGAGUAUCCAUUGGACACGAUGGAGAUGUCAGUUGAUGAUCAGUACCAGGGCUGCACAACAAAUAUGUCACACUUGGUAGAGAAUACAUAUCUAAAAAAGGAACUUGAGAGAACAAAGAACUUCAGUGCAGCUUGGAGUGAAGGCCAGCAGUGGUGUUCCAGUAAUAAGAAAGGAGAUAAUUUGGGAGGAAUUAAUUACUGCACUGCCUUGUACGUGUAUACUCUACUUGACCCACCGAUAUAUAAAGCUUUCAAUACUGACACUCGUGGUGGGAAAACUCAAUACACAGGACAGACAUAUCAGUGGUAUUCUCUUCACUUUUUGUUGACACGUGCAGUACAAGUUUUGAAGGAUAGAGAGAGGAAAAAUGGAACUGAAUGCAGAUCAGUGUAUCGUGGUACAGGGGUUCCAUUUAAAAAAUAUGUUUUGAACAAAGAGAUUCGAUUAGGCUCAUUCACAUCCUCUUCCCUCAAACUCAACGUGACAAAGAGUUUUGGAAAUGUAUCGUGUUUUGAAAUCAACACAUGCCAUGGUGCCAACAUCACAGAGUAUUCUGCCAAUCCAGAUCAGGAAGAGGUACUGAUUCCUCCAUAUGAGACGUUUAACGUCUCUCAAGUCUCAGAGAAAAGAAACAAUCCUGGCCUGUGGUGCAACACUGUGUAUAAGCUGCAGAGCACUGGGAUCAAAACCAACCUGAACUGUUUUGGGGUGUCAAAUCAGGCUUCAGGCAAAUCUCUGAUUUAUCACACAUAUGUGUUGCCAGUCAUGAUUUCAUUAUUUUCUUACUCUGAAAUACUAUGCUGAUCAUUUCCUUUUACCAACAUUUUAACCACUCAGUUUAUUUCAAAUCUUAAAAAUAUGGAGGUCAAAAUAUGAAAGGCCUAAUCAUUCACCUUUCUGAUAAUCCAGAACAUAAAGGUACCUGGAUGAUCUGUAUUUUUCUGAUAGUCUGUAACAUGCAGUGUAGUAUCAUUUAGACUGGGUGAUGAGUAGUUCAUGUUUGUGAUAAUGUUUCAUGUAUCAGUGUGUUCAUGUAUAGACUGGUCAGUCUGUCUGUCCUUUGCUCUGGGAGAUGGCAACUCUUAGCAUGGGUGAUUAGCAGUGUUAUUUCCCAUACAGAAAUUAAGUUUGUCUUAUAUUGUAUUUUUUUAGGCAGUACACGAUUCUCCUCCUUUAUUAUACAUGUCAUCACAUUCCUCCUAAUUUACUGUCUGAUUUGGGCCUGCAAUCUUUAUCUUGUUUUGGUACGGCAAUCUUCAUCUUAUGUUUUUUGGUACGGCAAUCUUCA